AUGCAGAGCCAAUCUGCGGCGCCCGCGGCGGCGCAGUUCCGAGGCCCCCUCGAUGCCGCGCGGCAGACGCUCGCCAAAGAGGGCCUGCGAGGCUUCUACAGGGGCAUGGCCGCGCCCUUUGCUACGGUGGCGCUGUUCAACGCCAUCCUGUUCUCAUCCCGGGGCCAGGCCCAGGCGCUGCUGGCGCACGAGGAUGGCAGCCCCUUGACGCUGUCAGACGAGCUGCUGUCGGCCCUCGCCGCCUCCGCGGCCGUGUCGCUGGUGGCCUGCCCGACCGAGCUGCUGAAGUGCCGGCUGCAGGCUCAGGGGGACAAGAAGGUGGCGGCGGCGCGGCUGGCGGCGGCGGGCGUCGACCCUGGAUCGGCGGCGCUGUACCGCGGGCCGCGUGACGUGGCACGGCACGUGCUGCGCAACGAGGGGGGCCUGCCGGGCUUGUUCAAGGGGCUGGGCGCUACGCUGCUACGGGAGUCCUUGGGCAACCUGGCAAUGUUUGGGGUCUACCACCUAUCCAAGGAGGCCAUCGCACACAGUAAGGGCGUCCCCACCAGCUCCCUCGGCUUCAGCGACAACCUGCUGGCUGGCGGGCUGGGAGGCACUGCGUUCUGGCUGGCCUGCUACCCGACUGACAUCGUCAAGUCAAAGCUGCAGGUGUCAUGA